AUGAACCACCGUACGCCUCUUUCGGCUCGAGGUGAAGCACGGGCUGCCUAUGCAGCGUUUGUACCCGCUACUGGAACAGUGUGGUCAGCGUCGAGACACCGGUCACUUGGCCGGAGCUAUUUCACGGCGUCGCGUCCCGGAACGCUCCAACCACACUGCAGCAGUCGCGGAAAGAGACACAACGUAGACUGGCUGCGCAGUGCCAUGAGGGUGCAAGCUAAUGGAGCGUCGUACCCGGGACGAGGCAACGACCGCCAACUGUCUUCGUUGCCGUUAUCCAGCGACAGUUCGGCCCCGCCGUGUCUGAUUAAAGUUAUCGGCGUCGGUGGUGGUGGCGGCAACGCAGUGAACCGUAUGGCAGAUACAGGUAUUUCGGGUGUGGAGUUCUGGGCGAUCAACACUGACGUGCAGGCGCUGAAGCGCUCGGCGGCACACCAUACGCUGAGCAUCGGGAAUAAGCUGACCCGUGGUCUCGGAGCUGGCGGCAAUCCCGAAGUGGGUCGCAAAGCCGCCGAGGAAUCGUGCGACCAAAUUGCAGAAGCCGUCCGUGGCGCCGACCUGGUGUUUGUGACUGCCGGAAUGGGCGGCGGCACUGGUUCCGGAGCCGCUCCAGUAGUUGCAGAGGCUGCCCGCGAGCAAGGCUGCCUAACCGUGGGCGUUGUCACCAAGCCAUUCGCGUUUGAAGGCCGGAAACGCAUGAAUCAGGCGCUGGAGGCUAUCGAGGCCUUGCGCGAGAGCGUGGACACGCUGAUUGUCGUGAGCAACGACAAGCUGCUUCAGAUAGUCCCUGAGAACACACCAUUGCAGGACGCAUUUCGAGUUGCAGAUGACAUCCUGCGGCAGGGUGUUGUGGGCAUCAGCGAUAUUAUCAUCCGCCCUGGUCUCAUUAACGUAGACUUUGCCGACGUCCGAAGUGUCAUGGCACAUGCGGGAUCGGCCUUAAUGGGCAUCGGCACCGGCAGUGGCAAGUCCCGGGCCCAUGACGCCGCCGUGGCAGCGAUUUCCUCACCGCUGCUGGAUUUCCCUAUCGAGCGUGCCAAAGGUAUUGUUUUCAACGUCACCGGUGGAGAAGACAUGACCCUGCACGAAAUCAACCAGGCCGCUGAGGUAAUCUACGAAGCAGUCGACCCCAACGCGAAUAUCAUCUUCGGUGCCCUUAUUGAUCAGCAAAUGGAAAGCGAGAUAUCCAUAACGGUGGUUGCCACAGGCUUCCCUCAGCCUAACGAGAGCGCCAACAGUGGCGGCUCCUCAUCUACAUUGAAUGCUACGGCAAAUGAGUUUUACCAGGCUGGUGCGGCACCGUCGUCACCAAAGCUUGGGGGAACGAGCCGCCGCGGCGGCAUUGCUGCGGAUACCGCCACUCACUUUGGGCGUGAUGCGGGCGCUCGGCGCCCAGCUCCGGGCCCUCAAGUGCCGCCUCCCAAUCGUCAGGUCACACCUCCGCCACCACAGCCGGGACCGUCGCGCACCAUAGGGAACAUUCCGGAUUUUCUGCGUCGAUUCCAAAAGUAA